UGUGAGCAUGCGCAAGGACCGGCUCUCGCGCGUCCCUGUCCUGGGCCGCGGUUGGUUUGGCAGAGACCGGAGAGCACCGGGCAGCAAUUGGCAACCGGCGCGCGGGGACUGGCCUGAGGACCGGUGGCAGGGCCUUCACCAUGCCCGGGAUGGUGCUCUUUGGCCGGCGCUGGGCCAUUGCCAGCGACGACUUGGUCUUCCCCGGGUUAUUCGAGCUGUUCCUGCGAGUGCUAUGGUGGAUUGGCAUUCUGACUUUGUAUCUCAUGCACAGAGGGAAGCUGGACUGUGCUGGUGGAGUCCUGCUCAGCAGUUACUUGAUCGUUCUUAUUGUUCUCCUGGCAGUUGUUAUAUGUAACGUGUCAGCCAUUAUAUGUGUCAGCAUGAAAGGAACCAUCUGUAACCCUGGACCACGCAAGUCUAUGUCUAAGCUACUUUACGUACGCCUAGCACUGUUUCUGCCAGAGAUGGUCUGGGCUUCUCUGGGGGCUGCCUGGAUAUCAGACGAUGUUCAGUGUGACAAAACAGUUGUGAAUGGCAUCAUCGCAACCGUUGUUGUCAGUUGGAUCAUCAUCGCCGCCACUGUGGUUACCAUUAUUAUUGUCUUUGACCCACUGGGGGGGAAAAUGGCUCCAUACUCCUCUGCUGGUCCCAGUCACCUGGAUAGUCAUGAUUCAAGCCAGUUAUUUAAUGGCCUCAAGACAGCAGCUACCAGCGUGUGGGAAACCAGAAUCAAGUUGUUGUGCUGUUGCAUUGGGAAAGACGACCAUACUCGAGUUGCUUUUUCGAGUACGGCAGAGCUUUUCUCAACCUACUUUUCAGACACAGAUCUAGUGCCCAGUGACAUUGCAGUGGGCCUUGCUCUUCUUCAUCAGCAACAGGACAACAUCAUGAAUAACCAGGAGCCUGAGGAGGUGAUCAGCCACUCGCCAGGGCAGUCCCAGGAAGCUGACUUGGAUGCAGAAUUAGAAAACUGCCAUCAUUAUAUGCAGUUUGCAGCAGCCGCCUAUGGGUGGCCUUUCUACAUCUACAGAAACCCAUUUACAGGGCUGUGCAAGAUUGGUGGUGACUGCUGCAGAAGCAGAACAACAGAAUAUGACUUAGUCGGAGGUGAUCAGCUCAACUGCCACUUCAGCUCCAUCCUGCAAACAACGGGGCUCCAGUACCGGGAUUUCAUUCACAUAAGCUUUCAUGACAAGGUGUAUGAGCUGCCCUUCUUAGUGGCUCUGGAUCACAGGAAAGAGUCUAUCGUGGUUGCUGUGAGAGGGACCAUGUCUCUCCAGGACAUCCUGACUGAUCUGUCAGCGGAGAGUGAGACCCUUGACCUGGAAUGUGAAGUGCAGGACCGUUUGGCACACAAGGGGAUUUCUCAAGCUGCCAAGUACGUUUACCGACGACUUAUCAAUGAUGGGAUUUUGAGUCAAGCGUUCAGCAUUGCUCCUGAAUACCGGCUUGUCAUAGUGGGACACAGUCUGGGGGCAGGAGCUGCAGCCCUGCUGGCCAUCAUGCUCAGAAGUGCGUACCCACAAGUCAGGUGUUACGCCUUUUCCCCUCCCCGGGGGCUGUUAAGCAAAUCUCUUUCUGAAUACUCUCAGAGCUUCAUUGUGUCACUUGUUCUAGGGAAGGACGUGAUUCCCAGGUUAAGUGUGACCAACUUGGAAGAUUUGAAGAGAAGAAUCUUGAGAGUGAUUGCUCACUGUAAUAAGCCUAAGUACAAGAUCUUGCUGCAUGGAUGCUGGUAUGAACUGUUCGGAGGGAGCCCCGAUAACUUCCCAACUGAGCUAGAUGGAGGUGACCAGGGUGAUCUGACACAGCCUCUUCUUGGGGAGCAAAGUCUGCUGACACACUGGUCCCCAGGAUACAGCUUCUCCAGCGACUCCCCUCUGGACUCUCCCCCCAAGUACCCUCCUCUUUACCCUCCUGGCAGGAUCAUCCACCUGGAGGAAGAGGGCAGCUCCGGGAGGUUUGGCUGCUGUUCUACUGCUCAGUACCGUGCAAAGUGGUCACAUGAAGUGGAAUUCAGCAAAAUACUCAUAGGCCCAAAGAUGCUAACAGACCACAUGCCAGACAUUCUGAUGAGAGCCUUGGACAGUGUGGUCUCCGACAGAGCGGCAUGUGUCUCCUGCCCAGCACAGGGGGUCUCCACCUUGGACGUGGCAUGACCAGGGCUACUGGAAAAUGCCCCAGCAAUGGGGGGACUCCUGCAUUUUAUUUAGUUUUGCUAUAGGGCGUGUGCACUUGGCUGGAGAAGAGACUGUGGAUGGGUGGGGAUAGGACUGUUAAAUCACCCCCCAGGAGGAAUGACCACAGUACAGUCCCUUCUCCAUUCUCCUCUCAGGACUUCGGGCAUGCAUGCACACACACCUGGCAUGAUUUUCAAGACUCGAACCAUGCAAUCAGCCAUGCUGGAUCCCACAUAUUAAUCUCCGUGCCAUCUGCUGCUCCCACUCCAAUACACACACUUUAGUUCUUAAACUAACUUAAUGUCCAAAGGAUUCCAGUGAGGCCACUGUUGGAUAUCCAUCAACAAUCUGUGGAUACAUUUGAUAGUCUUCCAGAUGACUGAACAAUUUCUGGGAAAUAACUGUGACCAUAGUUUUAGCAGAAUCAGGAGUCUGUAGGGUGUGCCAAAGAGGUUCAGACUCCCAGGAUUGGGAGUGACCGCACUGGAAGCUUCAGGAAGCCUGUUCCCCUGGCUCUUGGAUCUUUUGGCCAUCUGAGAUCUGCCCGAAGGGUGGGAAUCCAGUGGCUAGUUUGAAGAACCUGAAGGUUAUCUGUUGACUCCCACCCCUCAGGCAGCCUGUUUUUACUGAAAGAUCUUAUCCUAUCACCAUAUAGACAAGUCUGAGCCAGGCUUACAGGUGUGUAGUUUUUCCAACUUUUCCCCCUCCCCCUGGCUAUGAAAUUGGUCCUCAGUUGUGAGGGUGCUGACGGGAUUUCUGCUGUGGGUACUACUGGCAGCCUGGGAUCUGACUGGGAAUCAGGGCAGUCCUGGUCAGGGCAAUGAGAAGAGACCAUGACUCCUGCCCACCUCCAAGCCACAUAUUCCAGCCCUUUGUUUACACGCCAAGAUGUGUGUCGACAGCAAGAGUCGGUUGUUUAAAUUCUCAUGCACUGAGGGUCCACUAAUGGGAUUCAGAGUUUUAAAAAAAUAAACCUCUUAUAUUAUCAUUACA